CUAAAUAUUUAGUCAAGUCUCAUUGUGCUCACUGUCUACUAUCUUGUGAUGAUUAUAAUGGAGCUCUGGAGCUUUUAGGACAAGUACUGACUACUAUGAGACAGAUUUUACCUGCUGACCAUGCCGACGUUGCUAUAGUUCUAGGGGAAUUGUGUCGAUGUCACCUGGCCUUUGGCAAUAUACCGGAAGCCACUCGUAUGGCAGAAGAUUCUGUGUCGGUUGUGAUGUCAACGUGUAAUCGUGACGAUCGUAUUGUCGCAGAACUUGUCUCUUGUCUAGCUAAUUGUUAUUUGUCUGCUGGAAAAACGGCAGAAGCCAUCAAACUGUAUGAAGAAUGUGCUGAAACAUUCAGGAAAUAUCUACCAGAUACCUUACUAUUUCUUUGUAACUCAUUAUACCAAUUGGCAAAGCACUAUGCCUCGAACGGUAUGCUGCAGAAGUCGUCGUCUUUACUUGAAGAAGUUAUUGAUUUUUAUCGAUCAUUUCGCUAUGACUUUCAUCCUCGAUUAAAUCAAGCUCUUUACAUGCUUGGAUUGAAUUAUCUCAAAACUGACAAGGUGGUAGAUGCUGAGAAUGUGCUCAGACAAAGUUUGCUCAUUUGUGAAACGAUUUCACCUGAAUCCUUUGAGUGUAUCGCAGCGUUGCGGGGACUUGAGAAAUCUCUAAUUAUGCAAAAUCGAUAUGUCGAAUGUUUACCGUUGCUGUUACAACUCCGAAAUAUAGUAGCGAAAAAGUUUCCUUCAAUGUCGAAAGAAAUUGCUAACGCUUUCUUGCAACUUGGAGAAUGCUGUUUGAAGCUGCUGCAACUGGAAGAAGCAGAAAAAGCUUUUUCAGUUUCAAUUGAAAUAUACAGCACCAUACUGCCUGCAGACGAUUCUGAUAUGAGAAAGGCUGUUAAGGCUCUUGUACUCCUCGGAUCGUUGUACGAAGAAAAGGGUGAUUUUAGGAAGGCGACGGAGCUGUACAAGCAGAGUUUGAAUACUUUGCAACAAAUUCCACUCAUUUACGUCGACACUGCGAAUGUAUUGAAAAAGGCAACAAACUGCUUAUGGAAGCAACAAGACUUUGUUGAAAUGUUACCGUUCCUGUUGACAUUACGGGAACUACAUGCGCAAAAAGCAGCAGCAUCAGUGGCAAUGGUGGAGAGUGAGUAUAUUACUACUAGUAGAUAGAAUAGACGUUACGUCAGUGGUUGCGUUUUUCAUUGUGCGUGAGUGUCACCUUGUCAUUUUAUUGGAGUCAUUUAUGUGAACUUGCAUGACUGGAAAAAAGCGGAUAAAGCAUUCUCACAGGCUCUUGAGAUAUCUCAAUAUGUCUUCCCUCCUGGACAUGCUUAUAUCAGCAUAGUUGAACGGCAUUUACAUGACGUCCGGCAACGAUUAUGUGGACACUGAUGCUGAAUCAGUUGACUUUGAUUUUCUGCAGCUGGAAGAACGGUACUUUAGUGAAGUGUAACGGUACUUUAGUAAGUGUAAUACAUUAAAUGUGACAGUUGAACUGGCGGCGUCGUCAAAGUAAGUUUAAUUAUGUUCUUGGUUAUGGAUUGUAGUUUGUUACUGAACUAUGUUAUUUGAACUGUUGCAACCGAUUUGUAGAGUCAAUUGCAAAUAUAUAUAGAAUUGUACU